AUGGUGGCCCACUCUCUGAGGCCUGUGUGCAACAGAUGAAGGAGUGUGGCUUUAAACAGAAAGAGCGUUGGUAUAUAACAAAUGACGAUGCCGUGUUUAUUGUGGCUCUAGUCUUACCCUGACUGUCCAACGUUGACAUCGUUGAUACGGAGAGUCACUGGAUCAACCUGCCUCUGGUGCGCUCUUCCUGUUAUUGAAAUGUACUUCUCUGUCUGACACUAACAAACAGUGACCGAGGUCCAGGUGACUGUAUCAUCACCCUGGGACAGAAAUCCAACCAGUAGAAGGGGGGAGGGCGUGGCCUCAGUAGAAGGGUGUCUGUGUGGGUGUGUGUGUGUGUGUGUGUGUGUGUGUGUGUGUGUGUGAUGAUUGUAAAGUAUGUCUUUGUGUGUGUGUCUCUAUACAGGCAGCAGAGGGCUUAUAUAGCCACCCAGGGCCCGCUGGCUGAGACUACUGAGGACUACUGGAGAAUGUUGUGGGAACACAACUCUACCAUAGUGGUCAUGUUGACUAAACUAAGGGAGAUGGGACGGGUAAGAACACACACACACACACACACGCUGCAUGCACCCACACCUACCAUUCAUACACACACACACACACCCUAUGUUAACCCUCAUUGUGUGUCCCUCUAUAGGAGAAGUGCCAUUAGUACUGGCCAGCAGAACACACACACACCAGUGUUCAUUUUGGCAGCUAUUUUAGAUGUAGUUUUAGUCUUAAAAUACCUUUUUUAGUUUUAGUCACAUUUUUUUUUGUCAUCUCAUCCUUCGUUAAUUUUAGUUAUUAUCAGUCGACUGAAACUCUGGACAACUUUAGUCUAGUUUUAGUUAUUAUCAGUCCACUGAAACUCUGGACAACUUUAGUCUAGUUUUAGUUAUUAUCAGUCGACUGAAACUCUGGACAACUUUAGUCUAGUUUUAGUCAGUCAUUUUAGUCACAUGAUAGUCAUUGUUUUCUAUUUAAUAAUGAAUAUUUAGGCUUCCUCUAACUUCCAUCAUGUCCCAUUCAGAUAGCCUUGUCCAGCUAGGACUACUGUCCCCUCCCAUUCAGAUAGCCUUGUCCAGCUAGGACUACUGUCCCCUCCUAUUCAGAUAGCCUUGUCCAGCUAGGACUACUGUCCCCUCCCAUUCAGAUAGCCUUGUCCAGCUAGGACUACUGUCCCCUCCCAUUCAGAUAGCCUUGUCCAGCUAGGACUACUGUCCCCUCCCAUUCAGAUAGCCUUGUCCAGCUAGCUGGACUACUGUCCCCUCCCAUUCAGAUAGCCUUGUCCAGCUAGGACUACUGUCCCCUCCUAUUCAGAUAGCCUUGUCCAGCUAGGACUACUGUCCCCUCCCAUUCAGAUAGCCUUGUCCAGCUAGGACUACUGUCCCCUCCUAUUCAGAUAGCCUUGUCCAGCUAGGACUACUGUCCCCUCCCAUUCAGAUAGCCUUGUCCAGCUAGGACUACUGUCCCCUCCCAUUCAGAUAGCCUUGUCCAGCUAGGACUACUGUCCCCUCCCAUUCAGAUAGCCUUGUCCAGCUAGCUGGACUACUGUCCCCUCCCAUUCAGAUAGCCUUGUCCAGCUAGGACUACUGUCCCCUCCCAUUCAGAUAGCCUUGUCCAGCUAGGACUACUGUCCCCUCCUAUACAGAUAGCCUUGUCCAGCUAGGACUACUGUCCCCUCCUAUUCAGAUAGCCUUGUCCAGCUAGGACUACUGUCCCCUCCUAUACAGAUAGCCUUGUCCAGCUAGGACUACUGUCCCCUCCUAUACAGAUAGCCUUGUCCAGCUAGGACUACUGUCCCCUCCUAUUCAGAUAGCCUUGUCCAGCUAGGACUACUGUCCCCUCCCAUUCAGAUAGCCUUGUCCAGCUAGGCCUACUGUCCCCUCCUAUUCAGAUAGCCUUGUCCAGCUAGGACUACUGUCCCCUCCUAUUCAGAUAGCCUUGUCCAGCUAGGACUACUGUCCCCUCCCAUUCAGAUAGCCUUGUCCAGCUAGGACUACUGUCCCCUCCCAUUCAGAUAGCCUUGUCCAGCUAGGACUACUGUCCCCUCCCAUUCAGAUAGCCUUGUCCAGCUAGGACUACUGUCCCCUCCCAUUCAGAUAGCCUUGUCCAGCUAGGACUACUGUCCCCUCCCAUUCAGAUAGCCUUGUCCAGCUAGGACUACUGUCCCCUCCCAUUCAGAUAGCCUUGUCCAGCUAGGACUACUGUCCCCUCCCAUUCAGAUAGCCUUGUCCAGCUAGGACUACUGUCCCCUCCUAUUCAGAUAGCCUUGUCCAGCUAGGCCUACUGUCCCCUCCCAUUCAGAUAGCCUUGUCCAGCUAGGACUACUGUCCCCUCCUAUACAGAUAGCCUUGUCCAGCUAGGACUACUGUCCCCUCCUAUUCAGAUAGCCUUGUCCAGCUAGGACUACUGUCCCCUCCUAUUCAGAUAGCCUUGUCCAGCUAGGACUACUGUCCCCUCCUAUUCAGAUAGCCUUGUCCAGCUAGGACUACUGUCCCCUCCUAUUCAGAUAGCCUUGUCCAGCUAGGACUACUGUCCCCUCCCAUUCAGAUAGCCUUGUCCAGCUAGGACUACUGUCCCCUCCCAUUCAGAUAGCCUUGUCCAGCUAGGACUACUGUCCCCUCCUAUUCAGAUAGCCUUGUCCAGCUAGGCCUACUGUCCCCUCCUAUUCAGAUAGCCUUGUCUAGCUAGGACUACUGUCCCCUCCUAUUCAGAUAGCCUUGUCCAGCUAGGACUACUGUCCCCUCCUAUUCAGAUAGCCUUGUCCAGCUAGGACUACUGUCCCCUCCCAUUCAGAUAGCCUUGUCCAGCUAGGACUACUGUCCCCUCCUAUACCUUAGCUGGCAACAUCAAUAUUCAGGCAGAUUGUAACCAAUGCCAGCCGUAAUUAAUCAUACAGUGCAUUCAGAAAGUAUUCAGACCCCUUCCCUUUUUCUACAUUUUGUUACAUUACAGCCUUAUUCUAAAAUGGAUUUAAAAAAUAAAUAAUUAUCUCAUCAAUCUAUACACAUUAAAUAUUAAAAAUAAAAAACAUUAAUAUUACAUUUAAAUAAGUAUUCAGACCCUUUACUCAGUACUUUGUUGAAGCACUUUUGACAGUGAUUACAGCCUUGAGUCUUCUUGGGUAUGACGCUACAAGCUCGGCACACCUGUAUUUGGGGAGUUUCUCCCAUUCUACUCUGCAGAUCCUCUCAAGCUCUGUCAGGUUGGAUGGGGAGAGUCGCUGCACAGCUAAUUUCAGGUCUCUCCAGAGAUGUUUGAUCUGGUUCAAGUCCGGGCUCUGGCUGAGCCACUCAAGGACAUUCAGAGACUUGUCCCAAAGCCACUCCUGCAUUGUCUUGGCUGUGUGCUUAGGGUCGUUGUCCUGUUGGAAGGUGAACCUUCGCCCCAGUCUGAGGUCCUGAGCACUCUGGAGCAGGUUUUCAUCAAGGAUCGCUCUGUACUUUGCUCCGUUCAUCUUUGCCUCGAUCCUGACUAGUCUCCCAGUCCCUGCAACUGAAAAACAUCACCACAGCAUGAUGCUGCCACCACCAUGCUUCACUGUAGGGAUGGUGCCAGGUUUCCUCCAGACGUGACGCUUGGCAUUCAGGCCAAAGAGUUCAAUCUUGGUUUCAUCAGACCAGAGAAUCUUGUUUCUCAUGGUCUGAGAGUCUUUAGGUGCCUUUUGGCAAACUCCAAGCGGGCUGUCAUGUGCUUUUUACUGAGGAGUGGCUUCCGUCUGGCCACUCUACUAUAAAGGCUUGAUUGGUGGAGUGCUGCAGAGAUGGUUGUCCUUCUGGAAGAUUCUCCCAUCUCCACAGACAAACUCUGGACCUCUGUCAGAGUGACCAUCAGGUUCUUGGUCACCUCCCUGACCAAGACCCUUCUCCCCCGAUUUCUCAGUUUGGCCGGGCGGCCAGCUCUAGGAAGAGUCUUGGUGGUUCCAAACUUCUUCCAUUUAAGAAUGAUGGAGGCCACUGUGUUCUUGGGGACCUUCAAUGCUGCAGACAUUUUUUGGUACCCUUCCCCAGAUCUGUGCCUCGACACAAUCCUGUCUUGGAGCUCUACGGAUGAUUCCUUCGACCUCAUGGCUUGGUUUGUUUUUAGUUACAAGUCCAGUGUCCUGGCUUCACAUCAGUUCAAAAGAUUGAAGAGUGACUGAAGAGACUGCCUGGAAGCUGUGUGGGAGAGCCGGUUAGAUCAGCACAAUCAGAUCAAAUCAAAUCAAAUCAAAUGUUAUUUGUCACAUACACGUGUUUAGCAGAUGUUAUUGCGGGUGUAGCGAAAUGCUUGUGCUUCUAGCUCCGACAGUGCAGUAAUAUCUAACAAGUCAUAUCUAACAAUUUCACAACAUAUACCCAAUACACACAAAUCUAGUAGGGAAUGGAAUUUAAGAAUAUAUACAUAUAUGGACAAGCAAUGACAGAGUGGCAUGGACUAAGAUACAGUAGAAUAUUAUAGAAUAGAAUACAGUAUAUACAUAUGAGAUGAGUAGUGCAAGAUAUGUAAACAUUAUUAAAGUGACUAGUGUUCCAUUUCUUAAAGUGGCCAGUGAUUUCAAUAGGCAGCAGCAGCCUCUAAUAUGCUAGUGAUGGCUAUUUAACAGUCUGAUGGCCUUGAGAUAGAAGCUGUUUAUCAUUCUCUCGGUCCAAGCUUUGAUGCAACUGUACUGACCUCUCCUUCUGGAUGAUAGCGGGGUGAACAGGCAGUGGCUCGGGUGGUUGAUGUCCUUGAUGAUCUUUUUGGCCUUCCUGUGACAUCGGGUGCUGUAGGUGUCUUGGAGAGCGGGUAGUUUGCCCCCGGUAAUGCGUUCGGCAGACCGCACCACCCUCUGGAGAGCCCUGCGGUUGCGGGCGGUGCAGUUGCCAUACCAGGCAGUGAUACAGUCCGACAGGAUGCUCUCAAUUGUACAUCUGUAAAAGUUUGUGAGGGUUUUAGGUGCCAAGCCAAAUUUCUUCAGCCUCCUGAGGUUGAAGAGGCUAUGUUGCGCCUUCUUCAUCACGUGGGUGGACCACACAACUGAAAGAUGUUAAUUCUGCCAAUGAGAUUACAUGAAAUAUUCUUCAUGCAUGUUUAGGAUGGAAAGGAGCUUCAUGUCAAAUGAAAUGUCCAUUAGUCUAACGUGGAAUUCUCGUCUCGUCACAUUUUCAUAGACUAAAAUGAAAAGUCAUUUUGUUACAAUUAUGUUUUUUUCCAGGGCAUCUCGUCUUGUUAUCAUCAUAGUUUUAGUCCGGAAAAAUAGGUCGUUGCCGAGUAUUUUUCGUCAUAGUUAUUGUUCACUAAAUUUACACUGACACACACACAGCUUUGUUUUUGUGAAAUUUCAGGACUUUUUGGAGUGUAAACAUUUUUGACCGUUAAAAAUCCUAUAUUCCCUAACCCCUAAAACUAAACCUAACCCUAACCUUAACCCCAAAAACCCUAAACCUAACCCUUAAACUUAAAAACAGCAUUUGAACAAAUUCAGGACCUGAACAAAGUCCUGCCUUUUCAACACAGUUCUUGUUUUCCUACCUUGUCAGGACAUUAAGGUGAAAUGUGAGGACAUUGGGGUCCUGAUAAUGUAGGGAAACAAAUACACACACACACACACACAAACACAAACACACACACACACACACACAAUGUUAACCCUCAUUGUGUCUCCCCCUACAGGAGAAGUGCCAUCAGUACUGGCCAGCAGAGCGCUCAGCCAGGUACCAGUACUUUGUAGUGGACCCCAUGGCCGAGUACAACAUGCCCCAGUACAUCCUACGAGAGUUCAAAGUCACCGAUGCCAGAGUGAGUGGGGGAGGGACUGUGUGUGAUUAGUUAUUUCUCACAAUUGAUUUUGCUGUGUGUGUGUGUGUGUGUGUGUGUGUGUGUGUGUGUAUAAGACUGUGUGUUUUAAUCAACCUACUGUCUUGUGUUCUGAUUGGUUGAUCCUUUUUUUUCCAGGACGGCCAGUCUCGGACGGUCCGUCAGUUCCAGUUCACUGAUUGGCCGGAGCAAGGAGUGCCAAAGUCAGGGGAGGGGUUCAUUGAUUUCAUUGGCCAGGUGCACAAAACUAAAGAGCAGUUUGGCCAGGACGGACCAAUCACGGUGCACUGUAGGUAAGGUACCGCCUCCCUCAGCGCCUCAUUAGUCUGACCUGAUGUCAUCUAACUCCAGAUAUGUAUUUUUUUUGUUAUUCAGUAUACAGGUACAAACAUUGAACAAGCAGAUUUUAAAAAAGCACAUGUUCAAUAAAAACAUAAGUAUUACACGGAGAUAGACACAGAACCUGUUUAAUGUGGCACUACUAUUCACAGAGAAAUGCAUGAAGCACGGCAGCCAUUUUGUGAUCUAAUCUGUGGUGUUUUCUGUGUGGUCCGUCAGUGCUGGUGUGGGCAGGACAGGGGUCUUCGUCACUCUAAGUAUCGUUCUGGAGAGGAUGAGAUAUGAAGGAGUAGUGGACAUCUUCCAGACUGUCAAGAUGCUGCGAACACAGAGACCUGCUACCGUUCAAACUGAGGUGAGAUAUUCAACUCUCAGUAAUAGGUGUGUUGUUGUUGUUCUGUUUGUGGUGAGAUAUUCAACUCUCAGUAAUACUAAGGUCAACUAUUGUCUUAGGUUUGGUGUGUGUGUCUGGAGAACGAUAACUACUGCUUCUAAUAGUAGCGUCUGUACCGUUGGACCACAUCUACAAGGAUUGACCAGGCUACUACUGCUAAUACUACUACUACUGCUGCUACUACUGCUACUGCUGCUACUACUACUACUACUACUACUACUACUACUACUACUACUACUACUACUACUACUACUACUACUACUACUACUACUACUACUACUACUACUACUACUACUGCUACUACUACUUCUCUACUACUACUACUACUACUACUACUACUACUACUACUACUACCCUUUCUACUGCUACUACUACUUUCUACUACUGCUGCUACUACUGCUAUACUACUACUACUACUACUACUCUACUACUACGCUCUCCUGCUACUACUACUACUACUACUACUACUACUUACUCACUACUACUACCUCUACUACUACUACUAUACAUACUACUACUACUACUACAUACUAUACUACUACUACUACGUACUACUACUGCUACUGCUACUGCUACUACUACUACUAAUACACUACUACUACUUACUCUGCUACUACUAUCUACUACUACUAAAUACUCUACUACUACUACUCUACGUACUACUCUACUACUCUGACUACUACUACUACUACUACUACUACUCACUACUACUAUCUACUACUACUACUAACUACUACUCUAACUGCUACUACUACUGCUACCUACUACUACUACACUACUACUACUACUAUACUAUUACUGCUACUGCUACUCUACUACUACUACUACUGCUACUGCUACUACUACUACUACUACUUACUAUCACUACUACUACUACUACUACUUACUACUAUUACUAUACUCUACUACUACUCUACUACUACUACUACUACUACUACUACUACUACUACUACUACUACUACUACUACUACUACUACUCUACUGCUACUACUGCUAUACUCUACUACUACUACUCUACUACUACUGCUACUACUACUACUACUAUCUAACUACUGCUACUACUGCUCUACUACUACUACUACUACUACUAUCUACUACUACUCUACUACUACUACUACUUACAUACUACUACUACUGCUACUACUCACUACUACUACUACUACUACUACUACUACUACUGACUACUACUACUACUACUACUACUACUACUACUACUACUACUGCUACCACAAAUGAUGCUACGACUGCUACUAGUACUACUGCUGCUACAGUGUUGUUGUUAUUGUUGUUGAUGAUUAUAAUUGGUGUGUUGUUGUUGUUCUGUUUGUUUCAGGACCAGUACCAGUUCUGUUACCGGGCCGGUCUGGAGUAUCUGGGUAGCUUCGACCACUAUGCAACAUAAUCCCUCCCUCUGGCCACAUCCCAAACAACACCCUAACUCCCUGUGUAGUGCACUACUUUAGACCACAGUGUAUUCUCUCUUCUUUGGACCAGAGUGUACACUCAAAAGUACCGCAAUACUGGUUAGUGCACUACACAGGGAAUACGGGCCGUUCGAGGUUAGGCCUCCAUGGGCACCCAUGGCUCGACCCCUCCCCCGAAACGAGCACCUAAACUGAGCCAUAUUUGCGUGUCUGACCAGGGGUACCUCCAGCCCUAACCCAAACCCACUCACCACUCAGUCAGAAGUGCACUACUUUGUGCACUAUAUAGGGAAUAGGGUGCCAUUUUGGACGCAAACUGGCACUACUGAACAAUGGAUUGAGGAUUCAAUGGAUUGAUAAUGGAACAAUUCUUUACAUGGUAAAGGAAGAUAGUUAGGGGAACUCACUUCCUCCACGACCGAUGUGUACCAAGCAGCACCCACCUGGAUAUGUACUGGACUACAGUAGGAUGACAAACAUACCAUCAUUUGUUUUAUUUUAUCAAGAAAGUCCACUUUCUGGUUUCCGGCAUGGAUUGA